GGGCGCUCGAGCCUCUGGUGGGUCGAGUCCCUGCAGUUCGAGCUCUGUCAAAAUGUAAGUUCGUUAUGCUUGAGGCUUUGGUUGUGUGGUAAGGCUUCAGAAUAAACGCUGCGUCGAUGCCCCCUUUCGAUAGGUCGAAGAAAAUGAAGAGUGUUGCGAUGGUGGGACCGAUCGAAUUCGUGAAGAAAACACCAUGCUACAAAGUCGCGGGUUUUAAAGUGAAGGUGAACAAAGAUUUGGAGUUGUCGACACCCUUCGUGCCGAUGGGCACUACGAAUGAGGUGCUGAAGGACAUUCUCAGGACACACAUGCACGGGGAGUCUAGGCAAGGAACACUGCAAUCCGUUCUCACUGCUGGAAUGCAAGCUGCUGAAUGUGGCACAAGGGGGAAGAGAGUCUCACAAUCUAGGAAGGUCGGCGACAGUGAAAAAUUUCACGUUCCCGAAGGCCCGGGCACAAAUGGUGGUGCUGAAGAUGCGUGUUUACGUCGAAGGGAGAAAACCAAGAAGGCAUCCAAAACUGGUACGACGUCAUCUGUAUCUCGUUCUCGGUCGCGACUUCCCGCCGCAGCUUCGUCGUGCGACAAUGACGACGACGAUGAAGAGAAAACAGAAAGUGACAACCGUGAUGUGCAGUCGUCUGGCAACCGUUCUCCUCAAAGGAAUGGUAGGGAUGAUGAUGAUGACAAACAGUCGGCUGAGAAGGGUGAGGUGAAAGGCAGUUCGAGCGAUGAUGAUAGGGAGGAGAGUGAAGAUGAUAGGGAGCAGGGUAAGGACGAAAGUGAGGAGGACGAGGGAGAAGGGGAGGAGGGCGAGUAUGAAGACAACACACGGACCGAUGAUGGAUUCUCUGCAAGAUGGCAUGUAAAUAAGGACAGGGGUAAGGAGAGCGAAGGGGAUGACAGCAGUGGGGACAAAGAAGAGGACGGCGUCGGAAUCGACACACAACUAUCAACAAACUCUCGCAAAAGAAAAAUGGAGGCAGGAAGAUACGAUGGAGGAGAACGCUAUCCCGGAUUCAUUCCGAGUAUCGGUGAUGAAUAUAAGAGACUUGUGGAGUGAUAUGAGGAUGCCUUCAAGCGAUUGGUAACACGCACCGCCAAAAGAAGAUAAAGAAGCCAUGAGGGA